AUGGCCGUGCCGACCAAUUGGAAGGACAACAAUCGACAUCUCCAGAUCUUACGGAAUGCUGAGAAGGGGCGCUAUGGCGUGAUCGCAGCCAUUGCGUACAACCUCGAGCAAAUCUACGGGCUUGUUGCCGCUGCUGAGCAAACUCAGUCACCCCUCAUCCUCCAAUUCUUUCCAUGGGCGGUGACCUACGCCGACGGUCUGCUCGUCAGGACUGCCAAGGAAUCCAUUCGCCGAGCAAGCGUGCCGAUAUCGAUACAUCUAGACCAUGCUCAAGAUGAGAAAAUCAUCAAGCAUGCGGCCGAUAACCUCCCGUUCGACAGCAUCAUGGUCGACAUGUCGCACUAUGAGAAGGAGGAGAACUUAGAGAAGACCGCGACAUGGGUCAAGUACUGUCACGAGCGCGGUAUUGCCACGGAGGCAGAACCCGGGAGGAUCGAGGGCGCUGAGGAUGGGGUGAUGGAUACGGCCGGGCUGGAAGCAAGCAAGACCACGCCUGAAGAGGUUGAUCAAUUCAUCGCUACAGGCGUUGAUGCUCUAGCCCCGGCUUUUGGUAACGUCCAUGGCGAAUAUAGCAAGCAAGGUCCGCAAUUGGAUUUCGACAGGUAUGCCGCUGCGCUGGUUAAUUUGGUGUGCUUCUAA